AUGGAGAUGCCGAAGGUCCCUGGGGGUCCGAAGGCUGCCAAGGGCCGGGCCGCAGCGCCCAGGAGCAGCCGGAGUGCGCAGGAGCCGGGCCUGAGGCUUCUCCUCCUGGGGAAGCGCGGCGCAGGGAAGAGUGCCACUGGGAACAGCAUCCUGGACCGAUCAGCGUUUGUGUUUAGACUCAGUGCGCAGGCGGUCACCAAAGAGUGCCAGAGCGCGCGCGGGACUGUGCAGGGCAUGGAGCUCGUGGUCAUCGACACCCCCGACCUCUUCUCCUCGAGCAUCAGCGCCGAGACCCAGCGUGGCCACCUCGAGCGCUGCGUGGAGCUCUCGGCUCCCGGCCCCCACGCGCUCCUUCUGGUCAUCCCCAUCGGCCACUUCACGAGAGAGGACGAGGAAACCAUCUAUCGCGCCAAGUCCAGGUUUGGACCGGAGAUCAUGAGGUACAGCAUCGUGGUCUUCACUAGGAAGGAUGAGUUGGGAAAUGACUCCCUGCAUGAGCUCAUGGAGAGCAGCGAGGCCCUAAAGGCGCUGGUGCGGGACUGCGGGGGCCGGUACUGCGCUUUUGACAACAAGGCCUCGGGGAAGGACAGGGACGAGCAGGUGUCCGAGCUCCUCUGCAAGAUAAAGCAUUUGGUGGACCAGAACGGAGAACAGCCCUAUUGCCUGAACCUCGGAAACGAACACAGUGAACUGCAGAUGAGAACUCAUGCCCAUGUCUUCAAGUACCACUACGAUGCUGGAGCAAGUGGGACAACAGAGGCGCAAGAUUCUAUGAAUGAAAGAAGUGAUAGUUCAUAUGGGUCAGAAGAGAUGCAGGUGCAGUCGACCAGCAGUGACCUAGCUCCCGAGACUGAGGACUCAGAACUGAGGGUCCUUCUGGUGGGCAAGCAUGGCGCGGGAAAAAGCACAAUUGGAAAUUGCCUCCUGGGGAAGCAGGUCUUUGACACCGGAUUCAGUGAAAAGCCUGUAACCAUGAGCUUUCAGUCUGAGAGUAGAGACUGGAAAAAAAGGAAACUUUUGAUCAUCGAUACUCCAGACAUCUCAUCUCCAGAGAGCUUUCAGCGGAAGUUUCAGAGAUGCACAUAUGGGGACCCCCAUGUCUUCCUGAUGGUGAUUCCCAUCGGCUCGUUCUCCAAGGAAGAUAAAGCUCUGCUGAAAAGCAUGCAAAGAUGUUUUGGAAGGAAAGUCUUUGGGCACAUGUUCAUUCUCCUCACCAGGGAAGAAGAUAGACGUCAGAAUACAGAAACGUUAAAAGACAGAGAUGAUUCUCUCAAUAGUCUCCUUAAGAAGUGUAAAAAUAAAAAAUUCUCCAGAUACAAAGAAAUGGGGGAGGGUGAGCAGAAACAGGUGGAUCAGCUCCUGCAAGAACUUGUGAGUCUGACAGAGCAGAAUGCGAAUAAGCCAUGUGCCAUGGAAGAUACCCUGAACAUUAUCCUUGUGGGGAGGGGUGGAACUGGGAAGAGCGCAACUGGAAACACCAUCAUCGGGAGGGAGGUGUUCCCCUCACAGCUCAGUGCUCAGCCGGUUACCAAGACCUGCUGGAGCCAAAAGAAGAAGUGGGGGAGACAGGAUGUGGUGGUUGUGGACACGCCUUCCCUUCUCCUCAUACCUAGUGACUCAGAGCGUUCGUCCCAGCCAGAAGAGGAGAUCCAACUCUGCUCACGCUACUGUGAAGGGAACAAGAUUCUCUUUGUCCUGGUGUUCCAGCUGGGAAGGUUCACUCAAAUGGAUCAAAAUGUUUUGGUGCAGUUAGAGGCCAUCUUUGGACAGAACGUUAAGGAAUACACAAUUGUGCUGUUCACCCGGAAGGAAGAUCUAGGGGGUGACAGCAUUGAAGAUUACAUUGAGAAUGUAGAUUGCAAUGCUCUUAAGGAGAUUGUUAAAGAGUGUGGAAGGAGAGUUUGUGCCUUUAAUAACAGAGAGUCAGGCCAAGCUAAGGAAACCCAGGUGAGAGAUCUGCUGAAAAUGGCCAAUGAUGUGAUAGAGAACCAUGGAGGGUGUGGAUAUACUUUUAAUUUGGAAAAGAGAAUUAAACACAUGGAAAGUGCUCAGGGAAAGUCCAAAUACAAAUCUCAGAAACAGGAUUCAAGAAAUUGCAAAGAGUUUGUCUCAAAUGCAUAUCAAGGAGUAAAGGAACUCGCUCUUAGGAAGUUGCAGAGUAAAUCUACUGAGCACUUCCAGAAGUGAUCCCAGAGCAUAGCCAGGUGGGACCCUCUGGCCAUCCCACCUCCAAUCAGUUUCUAGGGACUGGAGAGAUCACCCAAUGGGUUGGGCACAUGUUUGCGGGUAGCAGGCAAGUUUCAAUACCUGCCACCACGUGGUUUCUGGAGUAUCCUGGAGGAGCUCCUGAGCACCAUGAUUGUAGCCAUCCAAAACAAACAAACAAACAAAAAAAGCGAAGUUCCCAAAGGUGUCUAGUGUAGCCAGGGCCUCUUUAAUUUAGAGACCCUCAGGCUGGGGGCAGGCAUGGUAGAACAGAGCAAAAGGAAGAGGGCCUAUGACUUGGAGAGUUUGAGAGGUAUACACCCCCCCCCCCCCACACACCAUUUCUGCUCGGUGGAGGGUUAUAAAAGAUCCGACUGGGGCAGAUAAUAGGGAGUUAGAAAGUAAGGAAGAAAUAAGGUUGAAAAGUCAGGAAAAAUGUUUCAGAGAAGAUUAUAUAGACCUCUAUUUACUUAAUUGAAAAAUCAUUCUUUUUUUUGGCGUUUGGGUUAUUCUCGUGGUGUUCAGGACUUACUCCUGGCUCUGUGCUUCAGAAUUACUCCUGAUGGUGCUCAGGAGAACAUAGUGGUGCUAGGAAUCAAACCCCAGGCAGGUGCCUGCAUGCAAGGCAAGUGGCUUACCCCCUGGAACAUUUCUCCAGCCUUAAAUUUUAAUUUUUCUUGCAGUUCAGGUAACACAGUGAUAGUAGAGCUAACGCUUAUGGAUUUGAUGUACAAAGCACCUCACCAAUACCAAAGUGCCUAGGACCCUCCACCACUGUCCUGAUGAUGUUUCUAGUCUCUUUCUCUCUCUUUCCCCGCUCACUCCACUGCUUAGUAAUCUCAGUUUCAUAAUCAGAGUUCAAGGGUUUGUCAUCAGAAGCAGUACAAGAGUGACAACAGUUAUGUGGGCAGGUUGGAAAUCAGGAGACACCAUGACCCAGUAGAGGUUGGCAAGGGGUCAAAGGACAAGGUAUUUGCAUAGAACCAGGGGAAGCCAUUUAUAAGUGCUUAAAAGUAGGCCCAUGCCCAGCCAACUCCCGAGAGUGACAGCUUGGAGGAGCCUGACUCCUGUGGUCAUCCUACUACCCAGGGCUAUUGGCCACUGGUCUCGGGCAGGUGCAAGGCCAUGUCGCUCUUGAGGCAGUUGCUCCUCAGAAGUCUUCUCACUCCAAGCCUGAGGGGAAAGUGGGAUCCACCCUGACUUUUUGGGUUAAGGGAAAAGGAGUUUGUGAGGAUUCAAAAGAUUUUGUUGCUCAUCACCACCAUGAAUGGACCAGGGAAAAAAAAUCAGAAUAUGGUAAAAUUGCCCAGAUUAGAUGCAUAUGCAAAAAAUUUUAAGUGCACAUCUUAAAUCUUCUGGAAAAAAAUAAAUGGAAUCACUCCUCUACAUGUUCUCUUUCAUUUUGUUAUUUUAAAUCCCGGAGAAUCAGAAAUUAGGUCACGACUCAGAGAACUCAAGUGAGAUGCGUGGCCUCCUCAGGAGCUCGCUGUCUCAUGUAAGGGAGCCCAGGAUGAGGUGGUCAAGGGUGGGUUGGGCUGGUUGGCCCUGGGCUCUCAGCUCUGUCCUGUCUCCCUGCUGAAGGAGACUGUGCGGAAUACUCCUCCAGGUGGGGUGUGGAAGAGGGAAUCUUGGAAUCUUCUCCCAAGGAGGAGUGUCAGGUGUUUUCUGUGUGAACACUUUACACAUGUUUUGAGGACAGGAUCUACGUCAUCUGCUUCUUUCUGGGAGAAUCUAUCAAGUUCCCUCCAAGAUUGAAGCAGUUGUAAGAACAUGUAGUGCCACCAUGAAUACUUUUUUGUUUCGACAUAGCUCUUCAUAUGAUGACUUCAGGGAUGUAUGUACAAAUUCAGCUGAGUGAUAAAAUAAAGAGGAAUGUAGCUCAGA